CGUAGCUCGAUCUGGGAAUGCCUAAAUUGUUUGGACGGACAUUUUUCUGAUCUCUUUCCAUCGCUUUUUAUUGUCCCUCGGCUGUGAUUGUGUUGCAAGAAAAGGUUGCUGCUGAUCUCGUUUUCUCUUCCAUUCACAGUCCUUCCAAUUCACCGUCAUUGCAUUGCAUUUUCCCUUCAAACGACUUUCAGGCAGCUUCCACCAUGGCAACGUUUACAAAGAUUGCAGAGGGCGAGCAACCCUCCAUAUCCGUCAACCCCGCGCACAAAACUGCAAAGAUCAACAAGAACAUCUAUUCAGGGUUCACAGAGCACAUGGGUCGCUGCAUUUAUGGCGGCAUCUACGACCCCGGAAACCCAUUGUCAGACGAGAACGGAUUCCGCAAGGACGUCAUAGAAGCAUUCCAGGAGAUAGACGUCCCAGUCACGCGUUACCCUGGCGGCAACUUUGUCGCUACCUACCAUUGGCUCGAUGGUGUUGGUCCAAAGGAAAACAGGCCCGCCAGACCUGAGCUUGCGUGGCUCGGCUUGGAGCCCAACGAGUUCGGUACGGACGAGUUUAUGAAAUGGUGCGAGGUCGUUGGUACUGAGCCUUACCUUUGCCUUAACUUUGGAACUGGAACUCUCGACGAAGCUCUCGGAUGGCUCGAAUACUGCAAUUCUACACAAAACACAUACUACGCCAAUCUCCGCCGCAAGAACGGUCGCGAGGAGCCUUACAAUGUAAAAUACUGGGCUCUCGGAAACGAAUGCUGGGGUCCCUGGCAGGUCGAACAAAUGACCAAAGAAGACUACGCAAAGAAGGCCUACCAAUGGGCCAAAGCCCUCAAACUGCUCGACCCAUCCAUUACUCUUAUUCUCUGCGGUGAGACUGGCUACUCAUCGUGGGAUUACUACGUCCUGAAACAGUGCGUCAAGUGGGAUGUGCACGGCUUGGGAGGUGACAGGACGAAGAGCUUGAUCGACAUGCACAGCAUCCACGUCUACACCGCGGAUAAGGAGCACUAUGCCAAUGCUACUGCUCCCCGCGGCGCCGAACGCGCGAUCCAAAUGACCAGCGCUCUCAUCGACCUCGCGCGCAUCGAAAACAACGUCCCGCACACCGUCCCCCGCCCCACGAUCUGCUUCGACGAAUGGAACGUGUGGGACCCAGUCCGCGCGCCCGGCGAGCUCGGCGCAGAGGAAUCCUACACGCUCUCGGACGCGCUCGCCGUGUCCAUCUUCCUCAACGGCUUCAUCCGCCAGGCGCGCGACAUGGGCAUGGCCAACAUCGCGCAGUCCGUCAACGUCAUCUCCCCGCUCAUGACCACCAAGGACGGCAUCGUGAAGCAGGCGAGCUACUGGCCGUACAUGCUGUUCUCGCGAUACAUGCGCGGCUGGACGAUCCCUGUCAACGUGCGCGCGGAGGAGUACGAGGGCAGGACGAACCCGGAGUGGAUCCGCGGGACCAUCGAGACGCCCUUCUUGGACGUCAGCGCUGCGAUCGACGAGAAGGGUGAGGUUGUUACGCUCGCGGUCGUCAACGUCCAUGAGGAGAAGAGCUACGAUGUCAAGCUCGACGGCAUCCCCAGCGGAAAGCAGGUCGAUGUGUACACUGUCGGCGGCGACCACGUCCAAGCCGGCAACAUGGGCGGCAAGGAGGAGGUCAAGAUCGUCGAGUCGAAAUGGGAUGCUAAGGAUUCCUACGUUUUCCCCAAGCACUCCCUCACACUGCUGAGGUGGAGGAUCUAAGGACGAUAUCCCCCUUUUCUGGUUUCUGCGCGAAUGAGUUCAGGCAUCGAGCAUAGACGCACGCGUUAGACAAGACGCAUUAGAACCGUUAUGCUUUUGGGUUACAUUCUAGAUAAAGCAUUAGUCUUUUUCUUUCUCUCUAGGCAUAGAUAUCGGGUGGGAGGAAACGUGUUAUGACUUUACAUGAGAUUCGAGUUCUUUUUCCAUAGCUUGGCAUUUUUAUGCUGUUGUGAUCUUCACGUGCUAUCGUUUCCCGAAUCGUGAUUGAGUGCGUGAAAUAUGC